AUGAGCUCUCUCCUCACCCACAACAACAACUCAUCCCCGUCGCCAGAAGGAGUUAUUAAGAAUGUUUUGCAAUGUCUACUUCUAGUCUAUCUGUGCUACACAAUUCCAUCAUUCAUCGCAUAUCACAAAUGUCGGCAGUUCUUGUCGAAGGAAAGCAUGUCGAGCAGCUAUUUCAAUGUGAUAUUCACUAAUGAUUUUUGUAUUAACGUCGCUCUCUUCAUCAUCGACUUCCUCUUCACACGUCUUCCCAUCUCCGGUCUUCUCGUCGAUCUCCCAUCCUAUGUUCCCGAAGGAAUAGUUCUAACCAUCAUCUACUUUCUCUCCUAUUACCUAAUCUAUGCAAACUUCUACUCAAUCACUUUGAUUUGUAUUAAUCGAAUGUCUUCAGUGGUGUUCCCCUAUUCUUGUAACUCGUUCUGGCAGCGAUUCGUAACCCCUGCGAUCGCCUUGAUCUACAUCCUUCCUCUGCUCACCACCUGGCAAAUGUUCACCUACAAUCCGUAUUUUCUGGCACUGUACGAGAAUCGAUCCAACUAUCAAAUGGUAUAUAGAGCCAAUGUGUUAAUAACUUUCUUGGUGAGAACCUAUUACGGAGAUUUGAUGGAAAAGAGAGAAUUUCAGCCAAGAAACAGUGCAAGUUUAUGCUUCGCCUCAAUUCUGCUAUCAGUGGUUUGUGUGAUCGCGAAUGUUGUAACGAUCAUCAAAUAUAAAAUGACAGUGCAAUCAGUGAUGGCAACCAGUGGAGCUCAGAAAGCGUUCCAUCGAAAACGUACACGUCGAGUUGAGAUAGCAAUGUUCUCGGUUGCCCUGGUAGUUUGUCUCUCAUUGGUUCUUCAAGCUAUUUUGCAGGCCCUAAUCAUGAUCUACACCGGCUCUUCCACCUCCAUCCGUGCCACGUGUCAAGAUCUCCGUGCAUUCGCCCUCGACAUAGCCAUCUGUUGCCCUCCUUGGAUUCUCUACUACACUACAGUACACUCUCACAAGACUACGAUAUCAAACAGCUCUGCCGUUCAUUCUGGUGUUACGAUUCCAGCCAAAACUCAUGUGAUGUAUUAG